CCGAACUGCAAACAUGAGGCCGCUUACAGAACCCGAGACCAAGACGCUCUUCGAGAAGCUCGCCUCGUACUGUGGAAAGGGCAUCACAAACCUCAUUGCCGAUCCUGCUGGCGGCUCAGAUCGCAAUGUCUUCCGCGUGCAGGGCUCACGAGUCUACUACGUGCGCGAAUCCAUAGCCAAUCUCGCCACGAGCGUCGCGCGCGACAACCUGCUCUCUCUCGGCAUCUGUCUUGGAAAAUUCACAAAGACGGGCAAGUUCCGGCUGCACAUUACGGCGUUGAGCGUCAUCGCGCCGCACGCUCGCUACAAGGUGUGGGUGAAGCAGAACGGCGAGAUGCCGUUUCUGUACGGCGGCAACGUGCUCAAGGCGCACGUGGGCCGAUGGAGUGAGGAUUGCCCGGAGCACCAGGGUGUCGUGGUGCUGAGUAUGAACGACACGCCAUUGGGCUUCGGCGUGAGUGCGAGAUCUACGGCUGAUGCGCGCAAGUUGGAUCCUACGGGUAUUGUCACGUUCAGGCAAGCGGAUAUUGGCGAGUACCUGAGAGAGGAAGAUUCGCUGUUUACGACUUGAGUCAUGGAGGGGCAGGGCGGUGACUAUUAUACUCUAGGAAAGUGGACUUGAAGUGGUGUAGUAAGCCAGAUGGAAAACAAGCGCGCAACAAGGUAUAUACGCAUAUGCGAAAAGGAUACGCUAUCCAGCGCGAGGCAGCAGCGAGCAAGUACGCCAACAACGAGAUGGCUUGCUGUAAGAAGAACUCCAGAGCAACGAAUAAGAUACCCAAGUC